UUAUAUCUUAUUUAUAAAAAUGUUAGUCCUAUUCGAAACCCCAGCUGGUCUUGCCUUAUUCAAGGUCAUGAAGGAAGGAAAGAUCAAGAAGGCUGAUGACUUCUUCAAAUAUUUUGAGACUCCAGAAAAAGCAUCUAAGUUUGUCCAGAUGCAUGCUUUUAAGAAGUUCAAAGACACUAAGGAGGCUCUAAAGACUGUGACUAAGCUUUUGGAAGGAAAGCUCACUAAGAAGGUCAAGAAAUUUUUGAAAGAGAAUUGCAUCACUGAUGAAGUCCAGGAGAAAAUCAUGUGCUUCGAUAAAGAACUCGCUUCAGUCAUCCAAAAGAAACUCGGAAUUGAGUGCGAAACAGGAACUAAAUGCAGAGAAUUAAUUAGAGGUAUCAGGUACCAAAUGAGCGGCCUUCUCGAAGGGCUCAGUGAUAAAGAAAUGACCAGCAUGAGUCUUGGUCUUGCGCAUUCCGUUUCUAGAUAUAAACUUAAGUUUACAACUGAUAAGGUUGACACAAUGAUUGUCCAAGCCGUGUCUUUGUUGACUGAUAUGGAUAAGGAACUCAACAAUUAUGCUAUGAGACUUAAGGAGUGGUACUCUUGGCAUUUCCCAGAGCUUGAGAAGAUUGUAAAUGACAACGAUACAUUCGCUAAAGUCGUCCUUGCUCUCGGAAGAAGAAACAAUAUCAACAAUGUUGAUCUUAGCGAUGUUGUUCCAGAGGAAGUAGCAGAUGAUAUUAAGAAGGCUUGCGAAAUUUCUUUCGGAACUGAGAUUUUAGAAGAAGAUGAAAUCAAUAUCAAAGCUCUUGCUUCUCAGGUUGUUGAAAUCACUGAGUACAGAGCUACUCUCAAUGAGUACCUCACUAGUAGAAUGCAAGCCAUUGCUCCAAAUAUGACUACUCUUAUUGGAGAACUUGUUGCUGCCAAGCUUAUUGCUCAUGCUGGUAGUCUGAUUAACCUAGCUAAACUUCCAGCUUCUACCAUCCAGAUCUUGGGAGCCGAGAAAGCUUUGUUCAGAGCCAUGAAAACAAAGAAGAACACCCCAAAAUAUGGUUUGAUUUACAAUGCCAGUCUUGUUGGACAAGCUCAACCAAAGUUCAAAGGACGUAUUGCCAGAACUCUUGCUGCUAAAACUUCUCUCUGUGUAAGAUACGAUGCUCUUGGUGAGGACCAAGAUGGAAGUCUCGGUACAAAGACUAAAGCUUUCCUUGACCAUAGACUUGAAAGUAUGGAAGGAGACUUUGUCAAGAGUAUCAGCAAGCCUGCCACCAAGAAAUUCCAGCAAUACCAUGCUGGUGAAAAGAGAGGUAAUGAAUAUAAUCAAGAUGAAGACUUUAAGCCGAACAAGCGUGCAAAGAACAUGGAGUAAUUAAUUAUUCAUAACUCCGGUAAAUAUUUACCU